AUGACUGCAACACUCCCACUCCGCCGGGCUGCUGAAGCUGAGGCUAGCGGCGCGCAUAAUGGAUCUGCCACCCAACAGUCUCCCAACUGGGUACCGAUCUUGGAGCAGCCAGUUUUCAAAAAACGCAAGCUCCGUGUUGUUUGCGUCGGGGCUGGGUACGCCGGGUUGAUGAUGGCCUACAAGUGGAAGUACCAGAUGAAAGUAGACGACUUUGUUGACCUUGUUAUUUAUGAAAAGAACAACGACGUUGGUGGCACCUGGCUCGUAAAGCGAUACCCGGGCGUGGCCUGUGAUAUUCCGGCUCAUAUCUACACCUUCUCCUUCGAACCCAAUCCGAACUGGAGUUCCUUCUUUGCUUCAGGUCCAGAGGUUUGGGAGUAUAUGAAAAAGACAACGGAAAAAUAUCAUUUAGACGAGCGAGUCCAGUUCAAUAGCCGGGUUACUUCAACCAUCUGGGAUGACACCGAUAGGAAGUGGAAGCUUGAGAUCAACCAGAAUGGUAACACUAUCCAGGAUGAGGCUGAUGUGUUGAUCAAUGGCUCCGGCAUCCUCCACAAAUGGAGCUGGCCUGAUUUUGGCAGCCUGGACACUUUCAGAGGCAAAAAGAUACACAGCGCGGCAUGGGAUGCCUCUGUUGACUGGACUGGUAAGCGAGUCGCCAUUAUCGGAAACGGCUCCUCAGCCAUCCAGAUCUUGCCCCAGAUGCAACCAAAAGCAGCAAAGAUAGUCAACUACAUCAGAACGCCAACUUGGAUCUCGGAAAACUACGCGUCGCAGCUCAUCCCGGAUGCAAAGAAUUUUAACUAUACCGAGGAGGAAAAGAAGGAAUUCAGAGAGAAUCCGAAAAAGCUGCUUGAGCUACAGAGUCUCAUCAAGCACCAUAUCAACAAGUCCUUCCUCGCGCUUCUCGUCGAUACCCCUGAGCAGCUGAGGGCAGAAGCGGCGUUCAAGAAGGAGAUGGAAAAGAGACUCAACUACGACGCCGGACUAUGCGCCAAGUUGAUUCCCGAGUGGAAGGUGGGCUGCCGCCGACUCACUCCCGGCGAGGGCUAUCUCGAAGCCCUCCAGGAGCCAAACGUGGCCAUCGAGUUCGCUGCCAUCGAGACUGCCACUGAGACUGGAAUCAAGACGAUGAACGGCACCGAGGAGUUUGACAUCAUCGUGUGCGCCACCGGCUUCGACGUCAGCUUCGCCCCAUUCUGGGACCUAGUUGGCAAGAAUGGUAUCAGGCUAGCCGACCAGUGGCGGGAUGAUCCCGAGGCCUACUUUGGGAUCUGUAGAUACUGCAAGCACGUUUAA